UUAGAGAUACUUAAGAGUACAGUGCAAUAGAUGUGAUAAGUAACUUUACUACUACACAAGAUACAAAGCUUUUUCCACAUAACAUGGUAUCGUUAUUCUAAGGAGGCGGCACCCACCACAUUAAUUUUCGACUGGAGGUUUAGAGGAGUGAGUUCACCCGAGGUAGAGUCAGUUGAGACGUGCAGGGUACAUAGGGGCGGGCGGAGACAAGUGCGUGUGUGAGAACACUGUAAUGUGGCACAGUGUAUCUGAGUCACGCAGCGCUGAGUGACGUGACAUGCUGUCUAGUUGUGAUAAGCCCAGCCAAAUAUAUGAACAGUAGCGAAAUUCCAGGGUGUGGGGUGUGAGAGGAGGAUGGUGGGAGCGGUGUGGCCGAGCACCCAGCAUGCGCAGGGCCGCUAGGACGCUCCUAGCCUCAUUUGCAGCUGUCUUCUCUUGCAUUUUCAUUCUUUAUGGAAAUCACAUCAUUAACAGUUUCUCAAAUCACAGGUUAAUGCUCCCCACAAGAUUGAUCUUAGAAACUAAUGCUCAACAUCAUAUUGAUAAUAUUGGAAUUUUAAAGGAGAUCGGAAGAGAGUUUCUUCCAAACUUCAAGAAUCCUUGCUGGUAUGAAUCAAGAAAAGAUCGCCACGAAGAGGGAAAGGUUACGAAUUUUGAUGGUACCUCAACCAAACUGUCUAUUUUAAAACACCAUUAUGAAAGACAGUCAGAUAAGAUACUGCGCUGCCUUCCAUACUUCUUUUUAAUAGGCCAACCCAAAUGUGCUACAACUGAUGUUUUCCAGAGAAUUAACAUUCACCCUGAUGUUGUAGAACCCAUAGUGAAGGGACCACACUGGUGGACGAGAAAAAGAUAUGGACAACCAUAUGCUUCUCAACCAGUCACAUUCUCAGAAUAUCUAGAUGUGUUUAAUGCCACCAAAAUAGAAGAAGGAGGGAAAAGGUGUAAAGAGGAUCCACACAAAUUGUGUCAUGAAAAGAUCACUGGAGAUGGAAGCACAUCCACUCUGUGGGACAGCAGCCCAUCUAUGAAUUAUCUGUAUAGAAUAAUGUCGGGAAGUAUGCGAGAGUCCAUUAGUAGAAGUUUACUCUCAAGGCGCCAUGUAUCACAUUCGUUUCUUGAUAAACACUCGUAUAUGGAAGUGAACACAACAAAGAAUCCAAAAUCAAAAGGUUAUAUUGAAAAUCUACAAGUAAUUAAGUAUCCUAAUUAUUAUGGACCUGAAGAGGGAGUAGUCCUCCCUUUCACAGUCGCUGAUGUUAUACACUCCAUUCUUCCAGGAUCUAGAAUCAUUGUAGUGAUUCGGGAACCAGUGUCAAGACUGUAUUCAAGUUACCUUUUCUUUACCAAGAAAACUAGUGUAUCUCCCGAAAACUUUGAUGAGAAUGUUAAAAACUCAAUAAAGAAAUGGCACGACUGCACCCGACAGUAUUCGGAGAGAACUUGUGCAUACAACAAGACAUUACAAAAUAGCUUGGGAGUACGCCUAUAUAAUGGUUUAUAUAGCAUAUUUCUCCGUGACUGGUUGGAGGUGUUCCAGCAAGACCAAGUUUUAGUACUGAGGAUGGAAGAUUACCACCAAAACAUAACUAAAACGAUAGCUUCUAUCUAUCAUCACCUUGGUUUAAGGACAUUAACUGGGGAAGAAGAGAAGAGGGUGAAUAUGGCUCCAGUUCGCAACAAGAAUUGGAAAAAGCCCAACAUCGGAAGGAUGCUUGAAUCAACUGAAAAAGUUAUCAGAGAAUUUUACAAACCAUACAACCAAGAUCUGGCUAUUCUUUUAAAAGACUCAAGAUUUACAUGGCAUGAUAUUUAUUUAAGGAAUGAAGAGCAAAAUGCUGGCUAAGCAGUGUCAAAACUUUCUGGCUUAGAAUUUGUUGGCCCACUGGAUAUUUUUAGAAGCUAUACUUGAAGCAUGUGGCAUAUGAUAUUUAAAUCCAAAACUAAAAAACUAAGGGCAUGUUUAUUAUAGAAAAAUUGUACUCUAGACUAAUUUUGAGCAAAAAUGUCUAUUAAUUUUGACAUCAAAAUAAAUUUAUUAUUUAUAAAACUUGCAUAUACCAUAUAAGAAUGCCCUAAAAAAAAACAGCAUUGAAUGUAAUGAAACACCAUUUUCUGGGUGAGACCCAGAGACUCCCGGGAGCUUAUCUAGGCUGAUAUGCUA